AUGAUCCUGGUCGUGUUCAUGUCCUGGCACACUCUCUGGCUCAACGUCCAUAUUCCUCAGGCCAGGAUGGUUCUUUCCGUCAACUGUGUUCUGACCAUCGUCACCAUCGCUAAUGGUGUGCGCAGAGAUAUCCCCAAGGUCUCCUAUCUCAAGGCGGUUGACGUUUGGAUCACUGCUUGCAUCCUCUUCAUCUUUGGGGUCAUCUUAGUAUCUGCCAUGGUGAACUACAUGUCCCGUCAGAAGUUGAGACCGAUCAUCAUGAGGAAAAUAGAUUUUGGAAUCGCAAACAUUAUCCACAUUUACAAGCAUGGAACACCAUCGGACGAGUUCCUCGUGAAGCUCAAGAAGGCAAACAAGUUGGAACACCACAGAAAUAUUAAGAGGUCCGAAACCAGGAAGGACGAACGAGGAACUGUCCACAAGGACACGAGCGCUGAAAGUCACCUCUCUAAACGUGCGGAUCGUCGGAGUAUGCCGUUUCUCGACAGAAUCAUAGAGAACUAUGACAGACGAGUCUGGCCGACGUUUAACUCAUACGGAUAUGCAGUGAAUGAGCUUUUACUUCGCUGGAAGCCCGAAGAUUCCAUCAUCCUAAAUGAACCUUAUGAACUACCAGAGUUUGACCUCACUGAAUAUUACAAUACAAGCUACACUAAGACAUUACCUUCAGGCAGGUACAGUUUCCUCAAGGCAACGUUUGUACUGGAACGUCAACGUGAAUACCAUCUGAUAUACGCCUACCUCCCGACUGCUUUCAUCGUGGUCAUUUCUUGGGUCUGUUUGUGGCUAAACGUGAAUAUACCUCAAGCGAGAGUCGCCCUAGGAGCUGUGACACUUCUGUCUGUCGUGUCCAUCGCGAGCACUGUUCGCGGAACCAUUCCCAAGGUGUUUUACCUGAAGGCCAUCGACGUCUGGUUCGCUGUCUGCACAAUGUUCAUCUUCGCUGUCCUCACGUGCUCCACUAUUGCUCAUUACCUCGUAAGACUGAAGAUGCGAAAGCGCUGGGUUCGCAUUAUUGACCACUGGAUAGUGAGAACGUAUCACAAAAUACGCUACGGUCAGAAGGUGGACGACCUUCUGCUCGCAAUGCAUAAGAACAACAAGUUGGAGCACCAUCGCAACAUCAAAAGAAGCCAAGCUGUCGACAGGACGAGCCGCUAUAUGUUUCCCCUGUGUUUCGCAUUUUUCAAUAUCGUCUACUGGCCAUUCUAUAUGCACCGAUCUUACAAGGAAUACAAUGACUAG